AUGGCUAGCUGUAUUCCAAGUAUUGAAACCAACAAUAAUGUACUAGAUGUUAUUGAUUUAAGAACAUAUCCCAAUUUUACACGUCUUCAAUGGUCUAAUUCACCACAUCCUUUGUCAUGGACCCAUUCGUCAUCUACAUUAUCGUCCCUCCAAUCAUUAUUGAAAGCAACAACGCCACCACCACUACCACUAUCAUUACCUUCUUUACUAUCAUUAUCAUCAAUACAGUCUGUUGCUAACAACAAGCAAGAUGGAGUAAUUAAUGACAAUGUAAUAUGUGAACACAUGUAUUGGUAUUCACCACCAUUAUCGAUGCUCAACGAAACAAAACCAUUCAAAGAUCCUUUAUUUGAUUAUUUAUGGACCAUGCAGAAUGAGGAUGAAUUUUAUUCUCAAACAAUUAAUGAUCAAUUAACUUAUGAAUUAAUUGAUACAGCAAAAUUAACCAAUCAUUAUUCAAUGAAUACUAAAAACGACGCAUUAACACAUAAACUAGCAACGUUACAAGUUGAAUAUAUUCGUCCAAAUGCAUCAUCUAUUGUUAUUAUCAUCGAAGCACAAUAUUUACCAAAAAUUUACAAAAAAAUACAACAACUAUGUACUAUUAUAUUUACGUCAAAUAAUAAUAUUUAUUUAUGGAGUUCAGCUCAAGAUGAACUUGAAAAAUUUCAAAUAUUUAAUGUAUCUAAAUCGAAUAUAAAAAUUCUUGAUAAUAAUAUACAAAAUGAAUUUAGCACAGAACAAAAUAACGUCAUCACAACUAACAAUUAA